AAUACAACAGGAAAGUAUAGAAAGGGAAAAUGCCUCGAAUACGAGAAAAACUUUGAGCCCCUGUUUAUUUGGAAAAAUUGCGGUGAAAGUCAUCAGACAAUAUGCACAUUGAAUAAUGGUUCCGUUGAAGUAUUAUCAAGUAAAGAUACCCAGACAAGAUGGAAUUAUGCUAUGAACUUGUGCUUGAAAAAUUUAAAACAUCCAACAAAUGUCAAACAUCUUAAUCAACUGCAAGUACGAAACGAUCUUAAACCGUCUUGGGCAGGAGUCAUUUCAAGUGCUGUCAUCUAUUCAAAUAUUGAUCCUGUUACAAGACAAACAGAGAAGAAGUUCGGUUAUCUCAAGCAAAAAGGAGAGAAAAUCGUGUUAAAAUUUAACAACGAUGCCUCUUCAUCCAGAAAAAUCCUUUGUACAAGCGGAAGAACUAAAAAAGAAUCCGAUGACUCAAAUGUUGGACUAGCAGUUGGCGUUUCAGUUAUGCUGGUUUUUGUUAUAGUAGCCCUGGUCGUAGCAGUUUUUAUUUUAAAAAGAAGAGGAAAACUUGAAGGCAUACGUUUUAAAAUGCCAACAAAUAAUAAACCAGUACAACGAACACAACAUUUAUCUAUAGUUCACAAUAACACCUACGAAACGCCUUCUGAUUCUCCUUAUAACGAGAUUGACGAUGCUACUUUACAAAAGAACAGCGGUGCAAGAGAUAAUACCUUUGGAAAUGACGGACAUUAUGCUCACACUUAUUUUGUUUUGGAGGGCCUAGAAUCUGAUCCUAAAGCAGAAAAUGGUAUUUCUAAUUCUAGACAUGAAGAGAGUAACAGCGAGUACAACACCAUAAGUUCAAAUAUAAAGCGUGGAAACAAAACUAACAAUGCAUAUGACACGACAGAGAACGCAGUUAAAAGACUGAAAGAUCAACAUGAUAACGGCAUUGAUGAUAUGAAGGGUAACAAUUCUGACGCCAUGAAGGAAGACGAUUACAAUCAUAUUAGUGAUGCAGCUCUGAAGAACAAAACAACAGAUAAUGAUUACGGUUUACCAUCAAGUGGUGCUGAAAACGAGUAUGGAGAUGUCAGAAAAAAUAAUGGAAAUGCUCUACACGGUGACGGAGACCCAUAUAAUCAUAUCCAAUUUUAAUAUUUAAGUAAUAAAGAAACUUUAUUAUCUAAUUAAUGUGUUGGGUAUCUACGAGUUUAAUAGCAAAUAUUUAUCUUUUCAGAUAUUUUUAGUUUACUGAUAUUCACUGUCAUCGUUAAUAAAAAAUAAGAUAAC